UUUUUUUUUUUUUCUUUGAUUUUUUGAGUUUUCUUCCCCAAAGAAGCAGAGAGGUCCACAUGUACUCUUCUUCUUCUUCUUCUUCUUCUUCUUCUUCUUCUCACAUCUCGUCGUCUCUCUCGUCUUCUGGUUAACGUUUCUCAUUUCUCUCGGAGGUGACCGUUUCUUCACUCCUAAAAAUCGAAAGCUUGAUUCACUCGUGUUUGGUUUGAGUUGUAUUUGAGAUUUAAUCUCAAGGAGGCAAAGAGAGAGAGCGAGAGAGAGAGAGAGAGAGGAUUUAUAUAUUUUGGGUGGAUAAUGUUCUUGGACGAUAUGCAAAUGGUUCCAGUGCAGCGCGGCUUUAAGCGUCGUGGUCAGAUGAAAUAUCUGAGUUAAGAGGGGUUUGUUAACGAUUUGUCUAAUGGCUAUUGCUGGCCUGCAAAACAUUUUGGCGAUUGAUUCAUCUUUCCCACGGGAUUCUGAGGUUCGGGGUUCUAGACAGAGGGAAAAUGAAGGAAGGACAAGCGUCCGGGCAUCCUCGCUUCUACAGAUGUGGAGGGAACUUGAGGAUGAUCAUGUGAUGGGUCAUGCUCGUGAGAGAGAUGGUGAGAGGAGGAGUGCUUCUUCACCUUCUAAUGCUUCGAGGGGAAAUGGUUGUGACAGUGAUAUUAGUGCACACGAUAUUGUUAGAGAUAGUGUAAAUCUGGGUGAGAAUGAACUUGGUGGAUGGUCCCCCACCCCGAGUCAUGUUGGGUCACAUAACUCGAGUGACGAUCUCGGUCCUUUUCAGAGCGAGCACUUUUCUGAUCUGGGGAUGGUUGAAAGGGAAAGAGUUAGACAAAUUUUUCGUGAGUGGAUGAGCUCUGGGACAGGGCAACAUACUCCCUCUGAUUCUCCCACAACCAACAGCUCAAGAGCAGAAUGGCUUGGUGAAACUGAACAGGAAAGAGUGAGGAUCAUAAGGGAAAUGGUUCAGAUGAAUAGCCAGCAGAGGCCUGUUCUUGGUGAUUUGAGGGACGAACAGCCUAUUGAAGUUGUUAACCAGAUCGAAAGAGUACUUGAUGGAAGGGUUGUUAAUGCGAACUGCAUCCAAAACGAAAAUGCUAGAAGAGGUAUACGCAAGUUAUGUGGUAGGCAAGUGUGGGUGGAUAUGUUAAAAAUGGCUGAAAGGGAAAGACAAAGAGAGCUGCAGGGUUUGAUGCAGCAUCAUGCUGUAUCAAACUUUGCUCACCGCAACCGCAUUCAGGCACUGCUAAGGGGAAGAUUCUUGCGAAAUGGUGACAACGAUGAUAAAGAGAAACCAACGUCAUCUGCAGCUUCUGAGUUGGGCUUUCUAAGAGAGAGACACACUGUAUCUGAGCUGAGGGAGGAAUUUAUAUCCAGACUUGACCGGUCUGUCUCUGGUCAAGCAAGCAGCAGUCACUCAGAGACCUCAUCAAAUGCUGGAACUGUUGAUAAUAGAGGUGAACAAAACGAUCUAAAUUGUCUAGGUAGCAUCAAUGAUGCAGACGGUGGCUCAGAUCAAAAUGGCAGAGAGGCUGACAACCAAAGUUCACUGGAUGAGAUAACUAAUUCUAGACGCAGUAAUAACCGGAGCAUAAGUUUGGAAGAAAGGACUGCACGUGUUGAAGAUUGGCAACGGUCAGAAAUUGAUGAUUUUUCUCUGGGAAGAAAUGAUGCUGAAGUGGACUUGAAUAGCCAUCAAAGAGAGGAUACUACUGAGUGUUCAUCCUCUUCAAUUCAUGGAGACGAGAUCAGACAUGGCUGUCAAUUACGAGAAACUAUUGAGAUACCUUAUGAACAGUCUCUGCAAUCUGAACCUAUUGCCACAAUGGGACUGAUAAACAGGACAACAAAUUUCCAGGAGAAUCUUGUUGAAAGCAUUAAUCUAACUGUCCCUCUAGAGGAACAAACCGAGGAGGAGAUUAUGGAAAACGAAGAAUCUGAUUGGCAACUUAUCAAUGGUGAAACCAGUGCAUGGAGAGAUGAUGCUGAAGACGAGGCAGAUACAAAUGUUCCUGUGAAUUUUCCAAAUCAAUUGUCCCAGAUAUCAUCCGUGGAUGAGGACAGAGACGGCCACACUCACACAGAACUCACAGAUAUGCAGCCUGAUGAUACUGAUCGUCAAAGCACAAUACAAGACUGGUCGGAAGAACAUUCUGAUCAGGACACAGUUUCAAUUGGAAGGGCUGCAACUUUCUUUCCUCCGGAUGAUGGUAACGAGAACAUGGAACUCAGAGAACUCUCAAGCAGGAGACGUGUCUCAAAUCUUCUUCAAAGCGGGUUUAGGGAGAAUCUUGAUCAGUUGAUACAAUCUUACAUGGACAGACGAAGCCGAAAUCCUGUCGACUGGGAAGAACACGAGACUUAUUCUGACCAUACAAUAGUAGGUGAAGAACAACAAGAUGAAGCCCAGAGUGGUGUUCAAGAACUUGACGCUGUCGAAUCUCCUCCUCUGUCUCUACCCUCCCCAGUAAUCCCUAUACAGCCAAGGUGGGACCAUGAUCGAUCCAAUUCAAACUGGACGGCACAUGAUUUGCAGCACGGCAUUGGAAUGGAUUGGGAUUCGAUCAACGAUUUGAGGGUUGACAUGGGUAGAAUACAGCAAAGGAUGGAUAACUUGCAGAGAAUGCUGGAGGCUUGCAUGGAAAUGCAACUUGAGUUACAACGGUCCAUAAGACAAGAAGUCUCGGCUGCGAUGCACCGCUCUGCUGACCAAGCAGGUCCAUCCAAGGACACCGAGAGCUACGAGUCAAAAUGGGAGUAUGUAAGGAAAGGGAUCUGCUGCGUGUGCUGUGAGAGCAACAUCGAUUCUUUACUGUAUAGAUGUGGACAUAUGAACACUUGCGAGAAGUGUGCAAAGAAGCUAGUGGAAGCUGGAGGAAAAUGUCCCAUGUGUCAAGCUCCUGUGAUUGAGGUUGUUCGUGCUUACUCUAUUCUCUGAAGACGAAUACUAACUAAAGUCUCUCAAGAGACACACAAAAAUGACAUUCUCUUUUUUUUA